GAAAGGAUUCUGAAAGAAAUGAAGAAGCCCAUCAGAAAUGAAGUCAGUGGCCUCAUGGCCUUCUGUUGACUGGACUGGCGUCUUGCCCCUGCAAGGCACUCUGCAGGAUGUUUGCUGAGGUCAUUCAUCAGAUUGACGAGGCGCUCGAUGAAGAUGAGAGGGAGAUGCUUCUGUUUCUGUGCCGUGAUGUUGUUGCAGAUGUGUCUGCAUUUAACGUCAGGGACCUUUUGGACAGUUUAAAUGAGAGAGGAAAGCUGUCUCACAUGGGCCUGGCUGAGCUGCUCUACAGAGUGAGGCGGUUUGACCUGCUCAAGCGGAUCUUGAAGAUGGACAAAAGGGCCGUGGAGGCCCACCUGCUCGGACACCCGCAUCUUGUUUCAGACUACAGGGUGCUGAUGACUGAGAUUGGCGAUCAUUUGGAUAAAUCUGAUAUGUCCUCAUUAAUUUUUCUCAUGAAGGAUUAUAUGGGCCGAGGCAAGACAGCCAAGGAUAAGAGCUUCUUGGAUCUUGUGAUGGAAUUGGAGAAGCUAAAUCUGGUUGCUCCAGAUCAAUUGGAAUUAUUAGAAAAAUGUCUGAAGAACAUCCACAGAAUAGACCUGAAGACAAAAAUCCAGAAAUACAAGCAGUCUGCUCAAGGAGCAGAAACAAGUUAUGUAAAUGGCCUCCAGGCAUCUCUCCCAAACUUGAGUAUUAAGGACCCUUCAUAUAACUUAAGGCUUCAGAAUGGGAGGAGUAAAGGACAAAGACCCAUGGUGAGCCAUCCUGACAUUCAAAGAGAACCAGUGAAGACAUCCGUUCAAGAAUCAGGAGCCUUCCUGCCUCGGCCCAUCCCGGAGGACAGGUACAAGAUGCAGAGCAAGCCCUUGGGAAUCUGCCUGAUACUGGAUUGCAUCGGCAACGACACAGACGUUCUUCGGCACACCUUCACUUCCCUGGGCUUUGAAGUCCGGUGUUUCUCGUUUCUGACAAUGGACCUUAUGAUUCAGCAUCUUCGCCAAGUUGCCUGUCGGACUCACCACCAAGACAAGGACAGCUUUGUGUGCGUCCUGGUGAGCCGAGGGGGCUCGCAGAGCCUGUUUGGUGUGGAUCAGACUCACUCAGGGCUGUCUUUGGAUCAGAUCAGGAGGAUGUUCAGGGGAGAUGCAUGCCCUUCUCUCUUGGGAAAGCCAAAGCUCUUUUUUAUUCAGAACUACGAGAAGUCAGAGAGUCACAUGGAAGACAGAAGCCUCCCAGAGGUCGACGGGCUAGCAGCGAGCAACAUGGAUGCCAAUGCCUGGCAGCCUGAGCCCUGCAUGGUUCACCCGGAGGCCGACUUCUUCUGGAGCCUGUGCAAGGCAGAUUCGUCUCUGCUGGACCGGUGCCCCACCUUAUCGUCCCGGUACCUACAGUGCCUCUCCCAGAAGCUGCAGCAGGAGAGAAGUCGGCCACUUGUGGAUCUCCACCUUGAACUGAAUAGCAAUAUGUAUGACUGGAACCGUGGAGUACCUGAUAAGGAGAAGUACCACGUCUUGCUGCAGCAUACUCUGAGAAAGAAACUCUUUCUCUCUUGCAAAUGAAAAGCCAAAGACUGAUGAGCAGAGAGCCUUCUGACCGCCACCAGACUUGGCCUCUUCCACCUUCCUCGACCCACACCACCCUGCUCACCAUGGAUGAUGAUAUUG